AUGCUGGGGCUACUUUUGCAGUAUCCCUUUUUGCCCAUCAAACACCAGCUGCACCUGCGCAAUCAAUUUACGAGGGGCAAACCACACACGUAUCGAUCAUGCAUUUUGGAGAUGCGGGUCCGGCACGGCAUCACGAAGGUCUUUGAUGGCUUCUUCACCAGUCGGCCCAUGCUUAACGCCGUCCCAGCGGCCUUGUUGAUGACGCUCUACGACGUCUGCACACGCAGGUACACGGAAUUCCUACACCCCAAGCUGCAGAUGGUGCACGCGGAGGUGGAUCAGCCGCUGUUCAGCGUCAGCGGCGCUUCGUACGCGAGUUACCUUCCAGCGUACGAAUUUGCACGAAAAUGUGGUAUGCAACUGCGGCGUAGCGAAGGGGGAGGGGUGGAGGCAACGCCGGUAGCAGAACUGACAUUGAAGCACCCCCAACUUCAUCCACCCAUGCAAAACGCACACAUGCCCCGUUUUACUUUGUGUGCGCCUUUUUUUUGUUGUUACAGUUGGUCCCUGCUUGUCCAUUUCACUUGCCGCUGCCUCCUCAUUUUUUUUUUUUGUGUUUACCCUUUUUUUCUCUCUGGUGUGGUGAGGUGA